AUGGAUCGUGAUCGCUACCGUGGUGAUGAGGAGGAUGAAGAGGAUUAUCUCCCAUUCGAGGGAAUUGAUAAAUCCACCGCAUUACAACAAUGCCGUGUAUUUAAUGAUGUUCGACUGGAUAUCUCCGCCUGUGUGCGGGCCAUUACACAGUGUUUAUAUCUUCUCUCUACAGGGACAACACUCACAGAGGCGGAGGCCACCGAUCUAUUCUUUAUGUCUACCAAACUCUUACAAUCAACAAAUCCAAAACUACGUCGAUUAUUAUAUGUGUUGAUGAAGGAGUUAAGUCCAUUAGUGGAACAACGCUUUAUCGCAUCUAAUUCACUUAUGGUAGAUAUUAAAAGUAACAAUGAUGCCAGUAAGUGUAAUGGUAUCCGUACACUUUAUAAAGUAAUGAAUAGCAGUCUAUAUGCAUCUAUGGAUCGCACCAUUGUGGAAGCCCUCACUUCACAGAGCAGUAAUGUAGUCUGUGCGGCUCUAGUCACUGCACUGCAUAUUGCUCAAGUAAAUCCCGAUAUGGCAAAGAAGUGGGGAACACAACUAACAGAAGUUGUGCGUAGUUGUGGGAAGGCACAGUAUGUCGCUAUUGCACUUCUACACAAGAUGCGAAAGAAUGAUCGACUCUCAGUAACUCGACUUAUUGAUCAGGCAAAGAGUGGUCAAAUACGAUCUCCAUUGGCAUUAUGUUUACUUAUUAAAAUAUGUACGGAAUUAAUGCGUGAAGAUUUUGAAGGAUCUUUGGAUAUUUAUAAAUUUGUAACUUCCAUGAUGCAUAAUAAUAAUGAUUUGGUGGUUUUUGAAUCUAUUAAAUCUAUCUGUUCUUUACGUAAUAUUACAGCAAAGGAGGUUUCACCUGCUGUGAUGGUUGUUCAUCUUUAUCUUAACGCUCAGAACUCUGUUCUCCGCUUUUCUGCUAUUCGUUUAUUAAAUGAAGUGGCUACUUUACAUCCCGCAGCUGUAUCUCCCAUUAAUGCAGAGAUUGAAAACCUCGUAACGGAUCCUAAUCGUAUUAUUGCCACUCUCGCUAUUACUACAUUACUAAAAACAGGUACAGAGUUUACUAUUGAACGUCUUAUUACGCAACUUUCCUCCGCCAGUUAUUUACGUGAAUUAGGGGAUGAGUUUAAAAUGGUCAUUAUUGAUUCUAUGCGUGUAUUAAAUGCAAAAUUUCCUUCCAAGUAUAAUUUAUUUCUUGGAUUUCUCUCCAAGGCCCUCACGGAUGAGGGAAGCAGUCAAUUAAAAGAAAAUGUUGUGGAUGUUAUCAUGGAAAUUGCGAAAUCUAAUCCAGAAUCAAAGGAAUCUGUCAUGCGACACCUUGCGGAGUUUAUUGAUGACUGUAAUUAUCCUCAAAUUGUGCGACGUGUAUUAAUGUAUCUUGGAGAAGAAGUUCCCCAUACGGAGAAUCCAAAGAUGUUUGUACGCUAUGUCUACAAUCAUGCCACUCUUGAACGUCCGGAGAUUCGAGCAGUAGCGGUGAGUACGUUAGCAAAGUUGGCCGCACGUGUACCAUCGCUACGACGAUCUAUCGUUGUAUUGUUAAAACGCACAUGUAAUGACACCGAUGAUGAUGUGCGGGAUCGUGCCGUCUUCUACACACGACUGUUUUUAUCCAAUAAUGAAGAGGCGAUCAACAGCAUGGUAUCAGAGGUGGCCCACACCGUAGCGGCUAGACGAAAAGCCCGCAUGGCCGCGACUGCCGCCGUUAAUAAUAAAGCCUCUGUGUUAAAUGCUACUGGAGAUGAUAUCACUAUGCAGAAGACGGCGGCGCUGGCGGCGUCUCUUACCGGUGAAGAGAAACCCCUCUUCUCCCAUGCGGUCCUGCAGGGACGUGAAAAGAUGCGAAGGAUCAAACAAUUGAUGGAACUCGGGGAACCCUGCUGCAGCAGUGAACCAGUGCCAUUGACAGAUCCCGACAGUGAGUAUGUGGUAACGGUGAUGAAACACGCCUAUGUCUCCCACAUGGUUCUGCAGUUUAGAGUGAAGAACACAAUGGAGAAGAUCACAUUUCGUAAUAUCUCUAUUGUGGUGGACACCGAUGAGGUGGAGGUGGAGCCACUUUAUGUGAUUCCCAUUUAUGCUGUUUCCCCAGGGGCGACGGAGUAUGGAUAUGUGGUGCUUGCGUAUGAAGAGGAACAGUUCCCGAGUGGAGAAGUGGAGUGUCGAUUUAAGUUCGCCAUGCAGGAAGGCGAUGACUUUGACGCCAGUACUCAUAGUCAUAAUAAUAAUAAUAAUAAUAAUAAUAAUAAUAAUAAUAAUAAUAAUAAUAAUAAUAAUAAUAAUAACAGGCAAUUAACACCGGAGGAAGAAGAGGAAUUGGAGGAAUAUCCAUUGGAGAGUUUUGACAUUAAUGUUAGCGACUUUAUCACACCCGUCAAUCUCGCCGGGGGAUUUGAAUCCCAAUGGGAAUCUAUGCAAAACGAAGAAACCACCGGCACUUAUUCAUUAAGUUCAAUGCGCAACUUAACCGUCGCCGCACGGGAGUUGGUCGCCUUCUUUGGAAUGUACGUGGAGGGCGGAAAGCCGGAAAAGAUCACAAGUGCCUCCCAUACAUUAUUGAUGUCUGGCACAAUGGCGAAUCGUGAUCGCUCGUUGGUGUUAAUUAACGCCCGUGUGUUUAUUGCCAAAGAUAAUACAGUGGCGCUGCAACUCACACUACGUGGGGCAACGGCGGAACUUCGGGAGUAUCUCGCCACUGCACUACUCUCUUAG